UAAAAAUUCCUUCAGCAGAUACUAUUUCUAACAAAAUUAUUAAACUUUAUAAUGAUGAACAAAUUAAUUUACAAAAAAAAUUACAAGAAAUACCAGGCAAAAUUUCAUAUACUCUUGAUACUUGGACUUCUAAAAACCAAAAAUUCUUUAUUAGAAUAACAGCAUAUUGGAUUUCAGAAGAUUAG